AUCCCAGAAAACUUAAACCUAACCUUUUCUCCUUUAAGAAACCAACAAUUCUGCUCUUUAUUUUAGCCAACGAUGAAGGUGUUCGAGGUUAAUGGAUCCACCCUCUGUCUUGCCCUCUUCGUCGACGUCACCAACUCCAAUGGAAUCCCAGGCUAGCAGCUAUCCUGCCCUGUGCUAGUGUGCGUUUGUGUGUGCGGGGAACUCCUGGAUUCAAUGCAAGGUGGAACUUUGGAACCAGAAGUAGCAUUGCUGAAUGCAUUACUUAUCCCAGAUGUUUUCCCUGUUCUGGCUGCUGCACACAAGACGCUUGUAGCUAAAUCAAGGCAGUCAUUAACAACACGGACCCUGCAUUCUGAGCUUGUCUAUAAUUAUUCAGGUUCUAAGCAUAUCUCAGAAUCCUUAAAGAGAUGUGGCAUCUCUGAAAGUUCAACCUACAUCCUUGUGGCUCGGUUCAGUGCUUCUGCUGAUGAGAUGACAGCCAUAGAGAAACUGAUAGAAGGAAGAGAGAUCGAUUUAGAUGAUUUGGAAGGAAAAGCAAAUCAAUCCCAAAUACAGAAGCACUACAAAAUAUCAAGCUUGGAGUUGGAGAUAUCUUCGCUUGCAGAUGCCAUAACUUGCAGGAUCGCUGCCCGAGACGCAUUGUGAAGCAGGAAUUUGCUGCCAACUUCAAAGGACUUCUCCUCUUUACUUUUUCGCUCCUUGUCGCCACACUUCAGAGGACUUCUGACUUUCCUUAACCAUCACUCGUACAACUUUUUACAAUAUUAAGACCCAAUUUCUGAUUCAGUUCCUGAUUGGUGUAACUUGGCCUGUGUAGCGAAUUCUCGGACGAGUUUGUCGCUGAAGAUCCAAAACCGCCCCAUAUCAUGUCUACUUAUGCUGCUUUGUUUGGUUGUGAAAACGGGGUACUAUAAAGUGUAAAUGGCGAUACAUUGGCUUUUGAUUGCGAUGUCUA